CUGACAGAGGUGUGUGUACCUUUACCUGGCCUCAGCUGCUCCGACAGUGUGCCUGCGCCGGUGCUGCUGCUGCAAACACAGACGAGCUGCACAUACUAGCACACACCACAAACACAGAGACAGAAGGAGAACAGGCAGGAAGGCAGGCAGGCUUUCAGACAGACGUACGCUUGGAAGGAGGCAAGCGCACACCAGACCAUGGGCUGCUGUAACAGAAGGUGCGGGCUGAUAGCCGGAGCCGUGAUUGGGGCUGUGAUAGCCGUCCUGGGAGGCGUCCUCAUUCCAGUGGGGGACAUCAUCAUCAAGGGGACGGUGGACAAGGAGGCUGUCCUCAACCCCGGAACGACAGCGUUUGACAACUUUGAGGCUGGAGGGGUAAAGGUGUACAGGCAGUUCUGGUUCUUUGACGUGCAGAACCCCUCGGAUGUUAUUCAGCAGGGCGCAAAGCCAAAGGUACUGGAAAAGGGACCUUACACGUACAUAACACGAUACCUUCCCAAAGAGAACAUCACACUCAACAGCAACAACACCGUCUCAUACGUCCUGCCCUUGGGUGCCAUCUUUGAGCCGUCCAUGUCAGUGGGACCUGAGGAGGACAAGAUCACCUCCCUUGACCUCUCAGUGGUUGGAGCUUAUUCAUUGAUUCCAAAAGAGCUCCACCUCGUUCUGGAGUCGAUGAUAAAGAAAUCCAAUACCUCCUUGUUCCAAUGGCGUUCAGUCAAGGAACUACUGUGGGGUUACGACGACCCAUUGCUGAAAGAAAAUAUUGGCCUAUUUUCACCUUACAAUGGUACUUAUGAUGGCUACUACACCGUUUUCAAUGGAAUGGAUGACAUCUCAAAAGUGGGACUAAUUGACAGAUGGAGGGGAGAGAGGAACUUAGGUUUUUGGAAUGACUCCUACUGUAACAUGAUCAACGGGACAGAUGCAUCCUCCUUCGCUCCCUUUUUGGACAAGAGUAAAGAAAUCUUCUUCUUUUCACCAGACAUCUGCAGGUCGGUGUCAGCCAGCUACGAGAAGACUGUGGAUCUGAAAGGGAUUGACGUGUACCGCUACUCCCUCCUGCCAUCCACCCUGGCUGCACCUAAGGUAAACCCAGACAACCAGUGUUUCUGCAAAGAGGAAUUGUUCUCGAGGAAUUGCACCAUCGCCGGAGUGCUGGACCUCAGCUCUUGUCAGGAAGGAAGACCUAUCUUCCUCUCUUUGCCCCACUUCCUUCAUGGCAGUCCAUCCCUGCGUGAGGACGUGCUGGGCCUUGACCCCCAUGAAGAGAACCACAAGACCUUCCUGGAUGUGGAACCUACCACUGGGUUCACACUGAAUUUUGCCAAGAGGAUUCAAGUGAACAUGGGGUAUGGACCGUCCAAAGUCAUCACGGUGCUGAAAAAAGUCAAAGAUUACACCACAUUCCCCGUUGUUUGGAUGAAUGAGACGGCUAUGUUGGAUGACGAGACGGCCGACAUGUUUAAGAAGGAGCUUAUCUCACGUAUCGAGAUGUUGGACAUAGUGCAAAAGGUGCUGCUGGGCACAGGCGUGGGCAUCUUCGUCCUGUGUCUUAUCGGCUACUGCGUGGUGAGAUGUACAAGCCCAACCAAGUUCGCGUAAAUGAGUCGUGCUUUCGGUUGCCUGUGGAAGCAUAGCACGAUCGAGCUGCUAUGGGACAUCAAACCUGUGGAAUAUAGACUUGCACUUUUAUGUAAUUUCAGUGUUAUUUAUAAUGUCAUACCUCCUUUGAUACCAAGGGGGAAACUGUGAUUUUGGAGAGCUGAAAAGCAGAAUUCCUUUGCCAAGUAUUAUUUUAAUUGCAAACACUGUAACAUAAACUGAAUCAGGGAUUUCUAGAGGAAGAGCAAGCGGAAACUCCUCUUUUACAGUCAGGUAAUCCUUACUAUCUCUGAGAAGAGAGAUGGGUUUGUUCGACAACCUGUGAAAGAAAUCUAAUAUUGCGCAAAUGUUAAUAUACUAUGCUGAACUAGAGUGUUUGAAAUUAAUAAAAGCUGAAAAAGUGGGUUUUUCA